AUGUCCCUCUCAACAACCAAAUCUCACUCCUGGCACCGCGACGGCUUCCUCAUCAGCACUGACCCAUCCCUCAUAGACCUACAAGCGAUCAACGCUGCCUUCGACACAGACCAAUUGCCCUGGGCACAGAAACUCUCGGACGAAGAGCUGAAAGUCAUGGUACAGCAUAGUGUCUGUUUCAGUCUGUAUUCAGCUACUACUGUCGAGCCUGCUGAUACCGCUACCACUACUCCAGCACCAGAUUCUUCCAGUAGCAGCACUCCAGGCAUGAUCGGUCUCGCCCGCAUCUGCACCGACUACGUCACAAUGGCCUAUCUAACCGACGUCUACAUCUUACCAGAAUACCAGCGCCGCGGUCUGGGUGAAUGGCUCAUCGACUGUGUCAAGGAGUGGUGGGAUGAGAUGCCGAGUGGGAGGCAGAUGUUUUUGAUUGCGAAGGAGGGGAAGGCGGAGGAGUUUUAUGCACGGAGAUUGGCGAGUGGAAGGAUGGAGAACGAUAGAGAGAAGAAGAGGGAAGGGAUGUAUAGAGUCUUCACGGCGAGGGGGAGAGGAGCGAGGGUUUGA